AUGACUGGUUUAUUGGCUGUGAAUUUCGAUCGCUUCUCGGCCAUAUAUUUUCCUUACAAAUAUAUAACAUGGAUGACUGAAAAAAACACUAUUUCGCUGGUGACAAUUUCAUGGAUGAUAUCUCUCUCCGCUGGCUUGCUAAUUGUAAGCAACUUUUCGAUCGCCGCACAUAUCUUCCACUUGUACAUCAGCCUCAUAAUCGUGCUGGUUCCCCUCAUGUAUAGUGUCAUAUACAGGGAAGCAAGAAAGCAGGCGCGACGCAUCGUUAGCCAGACUGCAAAUCAAUUUCCAUAUCGAAACAUUAUGGUUGACAGGGCCACUAGAGGGGUUGGGCUGGUGCUGAUAACUACUCUGACGUGUUGGCUUCCGGGGAUUGUAUCUCCAGCGAUCGUUGCAUCUUUAAAAAACCAUGAAGAGAUACGGAAGGUCGUGUUUAGCUGUCUCACGGCGAUCUGUGCCAAUUCCUGCAUCAAUCCAUUCAUCUACGUUUACAAGUUUUCGAAAUUUCGCCGCAGUGUAAGGAAGUUGAUUCAAAGGAUUCUCGAGGGUGCUUCCAGAAGGUUACCUCCGACCCUCAUCGGCCAAAAUAGAGUCAUUCCGACCCUCAUUGGCCAAAAUAGAGUCAUUCCGACAUAA